ACAAGAUCCGGGAGAUUGUGGACAGGUUGUGCCUGGAGGCGGAGGGCAAGAUGGUCAGUAGAACAGAGGGUGCCAUCGAUGACUCGCUCACUGGUGGAAGUGCUUCUGCUGAAGGUCCGGAGGGCGAAGGUACCAGAAGCACAGCAGUCCACAGUGCUGACAUUGUCAUGAACCAUCACUUACAAGAAACCAGCUUCACAACAGAGGCUUUGUACAAAAUGUUCAUCUAAGACUACGUGAAAUCACUCAAAGGCCAACUUGAAGAACAGAAACCAGAAGGAGUAAAGCCUUUUAUGACUGGAGCUGUGGAGCAAAUUAAGCGCAUCCUUUCUAAUUUCAAUAACUACCAGUUUUUUAUUGGUGAAAACAUGAAUCCAGAUGGUAUGGUUGCUCUCCUGGACUGCUGUGAAGAUGGUAUGACUCCAUUCCUGAUUUUCUUUAAGGAUGGCUUAGAGGUGGAAAAAUGUUAG